AUGAGCACCACUACAAAGCUUAGCGAAGACAAGGAUGGAAAAUUUGUUGAUCCAACAAUCUAUAGGAGCAUGAUUGGCAGCUUGCUAUAUCUCAUUGCUAGUCGCCCAGAUAUCUCCUAUGGUGUUUGUGCCCGAUUUCAGGCAAAUCCCAAGGAAUCCCAUCUAGAAGCUGUUAAAAGAAUUAUGUGCUAUAUCUCAGGUACUGUUUCUUGUGGCAUAUUCUAUACCUUUGAUACUAAUGUGGAAAUUGCUGGCUACUCAGACGCUGACUGGGGAGGAAAUCUCAAGAACCGAAAAAGCACAUCCAGUGGCUGUUUCUUUGUUGGGAACAACUUAGUAGCAUGGCACAGCAAAAAGCAAAAUUUUAUCUCUCUCUCAACAGCUAAGGCUGAGUAUGUCGCCGCCGGUAGCUGCUGUACACAAAUGCUAUGGAUGAAGCAAAUGCUUAUGGACUAUGGCUUCUCUCAAGAGUAUUAG